CCCAGUCUGCCCCUGUGUGUCAGAAGGAGCAGAGGAGGAGUGACUGGGGAGGAGUCCUGCAGGAGUUUAUAAAACCCGCCGCUCCUUCACACUGCUCCUCCACUCAGGCAGAGACGCUCCAACAACACCAGGAGGUCCGGAACAGGCGGAAUAAACCCAUUGAAACACCCGAAACUUAAGAAUAAACACCAGAGAAAGAGUUGGACUAUUUAGAGAGAACGGAAUACAACACCUGGUUGAUCAAUAAAAAAAGGAAGUUUUUUUUUUUUUUUUACUGGAACUUUUGACAUCAUGAGGAUUUUCACUGCUGUGUUCUUGCUUCUUCAGGUCUUGGCCGUGUCCAGGUUGGCGAGCGGCGCUGCGGUCGACAGGCCUGAGAACAAACGACACACAUCUGUUUUCAACCUCCUGGAAACGACCAGGAGCCAGAGGAGGGUGAAGGAGGACGAGGAGAGCGUGAGCACGCCGACUGCCACCUAUAGUCAGGAAGAGGAGGAUGAAGACUACUACGACUACGAGCCUGACUAUGAGAUGUCUGGCGACUAUGACACUCACAUGCCACGAGUCGCCAUGUCGAGCAAACCCAAAAACCCGUCCUCCAUCCUGGAGGCCGAGACCACGGAAGGAAAGAAGAAGAGAAAGAGGAAGGGGAAAGGCCUGGGGAGGAAGAGGAAUCCCUGCCUGAAGAAGUAUAAGGAUUUCUGCAUCCACGGUACCUGCCAGUACCUGAGGGACAUCCGCGCCCCGUCUUGCGUGUGCCACCCAAAUUACUCUGGUGAAAGGUGUCAUCUCUUCACGCUGCCCGUGCAGUCCCCAGAGGGCUACAGCAGGACCACGGCUCUGGCCGURAUAGCGGUGGUGUUGUCGUCCGUCUGCCUCACGAUCAUCGGACUGUUGUUGAUGCUCAGGUUUUAUAAACGAGGAGCGUACGACGUCGAGAGCGAAGAGAAGGUCAAACUAGGAUUGGCGUCCACCCAUUGAAGAGGCGAGAGAAGGCAAAAAAUGCAGGAAUCCUACCUCAAACUGGAAGAAYAAAAAAAAGCCGUACCGAAGGUCCCGGAGGAAACAAGCAUGUAUGUUUUAAAGAUGGAAGAAGAGAGGGGGGCGCACCUGCCCAGAGGUCUCCCAGAUGGAGAUUGGGCAUCGGACAGUGUUCAGGCCGCCGUGGAAAUGGAAUACGUGUCUCAGAUGGACUGGAGAUGUGACGACGAGCGCAGAGGAACAACGUCUCCGUCCCGCUUCUUGACCGCGUGAAGGGAGAACGUUUCAAACAGAACUGAAAUGUUUUUAUCAGCAAUAAUAGCUCAACUGAAUUUUUUUCUUGCAAGAGAAAUUUUAUACUUUACUGUACAAGCCUUUUUUUUUGCGUGUGUAUAGUAAAAGUUAUAUUUAUAAGUUUAAUUUAUUUAUUUAAGAUAACGGUAUUUAUGGAAAGUUUUAUUUUCCAUUAUUGUUACAGGUUUUUUUUUUUUUUUUGUAUUUCUUGAUGGAUAAUAUUUAUUUAUGAAACCGAAACACAAGCUCCCUCAGUUCUUUAGUAUUUCAUGAACUUUUCUGAAAUCCUUUCAGUUUAAUUUUGGCAAAAUGAUCCACAGCACUGUGAUUACUAAUUUUAUCUCUGAUUAGACUUUUGUUGUUGUUGUUGUUGUUGUUGUUGUUGUUGUUGUUGUUGUUGUUAAAAUAAGAGCAGUGCUUUGGAGAAAUGCCUAAACUGUUCAGAACAACCAGUAUUUUUGAGUUCAGACCGUUGUUUAAAGGCACAUAAGAGUUAGUAAUAAGGGAGGGAUGCAUCCAGAUCUCCCAUGUUUUCAUCCUGCAGGCUCAGGGAUUUUAGGCCAGAAAAUGUUGUCUUUAAAAAAAAAAAAAACAUGUCAUCCUGGGUCUUAACAGUUCACUGCACUGGUUUUAUAGGCUGCAAAAUCAGUUUCUGCAUCCGUAUUUUUUCUUUUUUUAAUUUGUCAAUGCGGAGUCAAAUAUCCAUCACACUGUAGCAGGUCUUGAUGUGAAGAGGUGGAUGAGUUGUAAUGAAAAGAAAGGUUCAAGCUGUUAACAAACAAAAUGUGAAUUUAAGUGGUCUAUCCUUUCAAGUCCUGACCUGCGAUUCUGAAGUGAUAUUUUUCAUUAUUCAGAACAAAAUAAAUGGACAUUAUCCUUA